UAAAAAUAUCUCUAACACAACACCACUCCUCCUCCUAGUCAUCCUCUACAAUAUAAAAAUAAAAAUAUCUCCAUUAACCGUCCAACUUCGAAUCCAUCAACACAACGUCUCUCUUCUCUCUCAUUCUCUGAAUAGAGAGUAACGAAUCUGCAUCCAUUGCUGUAAAGAGAGGAAGGAUAAGAUGGCGCCACCUGCAGUUCCAGGAGGAGGUGCUGUUGCUGCUGGAGGAGGGCAACAGGGUCAAGGACAGCAACGACAGCAGCAAGGAGGGAUGGGGCAAACAAUAACAGGGAUAAUAAGGAUGGCUGUUUUUUGGUACUUCAUAUCUAAAUUCAUCUCUCCCAAAAAAGCCCCUACGGACCCCUCCAUCCUCAUCUCCAAUCUCUUCCAAAAAGGAGAUUCUUUGGAUAUGUGGUUCUAUCUCUCUGAGCAGGAAAGGUUUAAUGACUUCAAUAAUGAAGGUGCGCUUAUUUGGCAUGAAACAAAUAUACCUUAUGCCAUUUGGGGACCAGAGAGUACAAGGUCUCUUUCUUUGAAAUACUAUCCAUCUGAGGCAUUGAAGCACAAUGGCACUCUUUAUGCACAUGUUUUCUUUGCACGUUCUGGAUAUCCACCAGACCCAAGUGAUCCUGAGUACCAGCCUCUUGCUGCUUUUGGAAGGGCACACCCUGUUGUUGCAUAUUUGCCCAAGUCAAAAACAGAUAAAAGGAAGAGCCUGUUGGGUGAUUCCAAAGACUCCAAGGAGGCUGAAGUGGUUUCUCAGGUGGUUGAUGAUGGUCAAGCUGAUUCUAAAGAUGAUGGCCCUGUAGAAUGGAUUUCAUAUUGGAAACCUAAUGUUACAAUUAAUCUGGUUGAUGAUUUCACAAAAUACCCCCAUAAUGCUGUACCGCCAAAUAUUGCUCCUUACUUGAAUGUUGAGCCUACUUCAGGGAAUUACUUCCCCACCAUAUUCUUCAAUGAAUUCUGGCUGCUUCGAGAUAAAUUGAUCCCACUUAAUGAGACAGUGACAGAAUUGACACUUAAUUUGGAGGUGGGUCCAAUAAGCAUGACAAAAUGGCAACUAUUCAUGCAGAUUGAUCAGUCAUUCCAGGUUCAUCGUAGUUAUGGAAGCAUGCUUGAAGGCGAGGCUGAUGAACUGAAGAGGGUGUUCUUGGAAGGAAAUCCUUACCUCCUGGUGAUUACCAUGGUUGUUUCAAUGCUUCAUUCAGUGUUUGACUUCUUGGCGUUCAAGAAUGAUAUCCAAUUUUGGAACAAAAAUAAGUCUAUGGAAGGACUGUCUGCGAAGUCUGUUGUUGUGAGCUUUAUUUCUCAGCUCAUUGUCUUUCUUUAUCUGCUUGACAAUGACACUUCAUGGAUGAUUCUUGCAAGUUCUGGAGUUGGCUGCUGCAUUGAGUUUUGGAAGAUAGGGAAAGCCAUGCACAUAGAGAUCGAUAGAAGUGGAACUAUUCCUAUGUUGAGGUUCCGAGAUCGCGAGUCGUAUGCAGGGAAUAAGACAAAGGAAUAUGAUGACCUUGCAAUGAAGUAUUUGUCCUAUGUGCUCUUCCUUCUUGUUGCAUGCUCUUCUGUUUACUCACUAAUGUAUGAGCGCCAUAAGAGCUGGUAUUCAUGGAUUCUCUCUUCACUCACAAGCUGUGUUUACAUGUUUGGUUUUAUCAUGAUGUGCCCUCAGUUGUUUAUAAAUUACAAGCUGAAGUCUGUGGCACAUCUCCCAUGGAGGCAGAUGACAUACAAGUUCCUUAACACCAUCAUUGAUGAUCUUUUUGCAUUUGUCAUCAAAAUGCCAACAUUGCAUCGGCUUUCUGUCUUCCGUGAUGAUCUUAUAUUUCUGAUAUACAUAUACCAGAGGUGGGUUUAUCCUGUGGACAAAUCGCGUGUAAAUGAAUUUGGUUUUGGUGGCGAGGAUGAUCAGGCAUCGGCUGGUGAAGUAACUGCUGCAAAAGAGGAAGAGAAGAAGACUAACUGAGCUGUUGUCAAAUCCUUCGAAACUAUAGCACAUAGCUAAAGUUUAGAUAGGAUGUUUUGAACCUUUGUUUUCAUUUCAUUAAUCAUCAUAGAAUGUUUUCCAGAGAUUUUGUUGGUAUUUGAUUGCAAAAGUGAUUUUGGGAUCCCCUUCCUGGGUUAAGUUCUGCCCGGUUCCCACA